AUGAAACCCUACGAGAAACGGCGCCAUAGUGUUUUGGAAUUCAUCACAGCAAGGUUAAGAGCGGUUCCCUCUGUUCCAUUUCAGCGUUUUGAGCAGAAACAUGGAGUUUUUUUUGCCAUCGAUAAAUCAAACACCAGUGCUGCAUCGGUCAUGAUUCCGACAGGCCAGGCGAUGGAUGUGUCACCUCGUUGCUACAUCAACCUUUGCACGCAUCCAUGUCUUGAGGAAUGUUGCAAGUCAGCAACGCCCGCUGGCGCACUCACCCAUGGAAACAAUUGCAAGAACAUUCGCUGGGCAUGGCAUGAAAAAUCAAAACAUUUUCUAAAUUAUGAGAACGUUCCUCUGGUAAAUGGAUUUCGAUUGUCUCCCCGAAAUUCCCCAGACAAUAAUACAACUUUUAAAACCAUUACCAGAAAAAUCGCUACGAGCGCCCACGAGCUUGUCAACGUGCAAUGA